AGACGCUGCUGUUCACCUACUACACACAUACAGAGUUGCUGAGUGUAACACACUCACCCACCCACACGGCCACUCCGGGACUCCCCAGGGUGCUCUUUCCCUCCUUCACAUACUCACGCGCUCGGACUCACGCACAAGCACGCAAGCACUGAGGGGAUAGCUUCUCGCCUGCAGUUGGCACUCUCAUUUCCCUGUACCAGUCUCGCAGCGCGGAUGGCAUCUACUGGCUCUGGCUUCUGGUCCUUCGGGUCCGAAGAUGGCUCCGGGGACCCGGAGAAUCCUAGCACAGCAAGAGCCUGGUGCCAGGUUGCCCAGAAGUUCACCGGAGGCAUUGGAAACAAGCUUUGUGCCUUGCUGUAUGGAGACGCGGAAAAGCCGAUGGAAACCGGCAGCGAAAAGGAGACUCAGGGAUCAACGGAUAAAAAGACUGUUUGUACUUGCAAUCAGAAGCCCUGCAGCUGCCCCAAAACGGAUCUCAAUUACGCGUGUUUACACUCAACAGAUCUGUUGCCAGCAUGUAACGGAGAAGUGGCCACUUUGUCUUUUCUCCAAGAUGUAAUGGACAUUUUGCUUCAGUAUGUGGUGAAGAGUUUUGAUAGAUCAACCAAGGUGAUUGAUUUCCAUUACCCAAACGAGCUUCUUCAAGAACAUAAUUGGGAAUUGGCAGAUCAGCCACAGACCUUGGAGGAAAUUUUGUCCAACUGCAGAACAACUCUAAAAUAUGCAAUCAAAACAGGUCAUCCUAGAUAUUUCAAUCAGCUUUCUACUGGAUUGGAUAUGGUUGGAUUAGCUGCAGACUGGCUAACAUCAACAGCAAAUACUAAUAUGUUCACCUAUGAAAUUGCUCCAGUGUUUGUACUUUUGGAAUAUGUCACAUUAAGGAAAAUGAGAGAAAUUAUCGGCUGGCCAGGGGGAAGUGGCGACGGAAUCUUUUCACCUGGUGGUGCCAUAUCUAACAUGUAUGCUAUGUUGAUUGCACGUUUCAAGAUGUUUCCAGAAGUCAAAGAGAAAGGAAUGGCAGCUAUUCCCAGACUGGUUGCCUUCACAUCUGAGCAUAGUCACUUUUCAGUAAAGAAGGGAGCUGCAGCCUUGGGGAUUGGAACAGACAGUGUGAUUCUGAUCAAAUGUGAUGAAAGAGGGAAAAUGAUUCCAUCUGAUCUGGAGAGAAGAAUUGUCGAAGUUAAACAAAAAGGAUUUGUUCCCUUCCUUGUGAGUGCCACCGCAGGAACCACAGUGUAUGGCGCAUUUGAUCCCCUUCUAGCUAUUGCUGACAUCUGCAAAAAAUAUAAGAUCUGGAUGCAUGUGGAUGCAGCUUGGGGUGGCGGACUACUGAUGUCCCGGAAACAUAAAUGGAAGCUUAAUGGUGUGGAAAGGGCCAACUCCGUGACAUGGAAUCCUCACAAAAUGAUGGGCGUUCCCUUGCAGUGCUCAGCUCUGCUAGUUAGAGAAGAGGGACUGAUGCAGAGCUGCAACCAGAUGCACGCUUCCUACCUCUUUCAACAAGAUAAACACUACGACUUGUCUUAUGAUACUGGAGACAAGGCUUUACAGUGUGGGCGCCACGUUGAUGUCUUCAAAUUGUGGCUAAUGUGGAGGGCAAAGGGGACCACCGGAUUUGAAGCACAGAUUGACAAGUGUUUGGAGCUGGCAGAAUAUUUAUACAAUCUUAUAAAAAACAGAGAAGGCUAUGAAAUGGUGUUUGAUGGGAAGCCUCAGCACACAAACGUCUGCUUCUGGUAUAUCCCCCCAAGUUUACGGCACUUGGAAGACAAUGAAGAAAGAAUGAGUCGCCUCUCAAAGGUUGCCCCCGUGAUUAAAGCCAGAAUGAUGGAGUAUGGAACCACAAUGGUCAGCUACCAACCCUUGGGAGAUAAAGUCAAUUUCUUUCGCAUGGUCAUCUCAAAUCCAGCGGCAACUCAUCAAGACAUUGAUUUCCUGAUUGAGGAAAUAGAACGCCUUGGACAGGAUUUAUAAUCAUCCAGCCAACCAAGCUAUCCCAGCUCUCUAGCUAGACAAUUAAGUUGUCACAAACUGUGUGAAUGUAUUUGUAGUUUGUUCCAAAGUGAAUCUAUUUCUAUAUUGUGGUGUCAACGUAGAGUACAGUUUAAAAAAAACAGGAAACAUUGCUCCUUUUAAAAGUCCUUCCUUAAGUUUGAGGAUGAAUACCUCUUUCAUAAUCAGCAGUAAAAUUAAUAAGGAAAAGCUUAAAACUGUUAAAAAUGGUUCCCCCAAUUCCAGCAAAGUGAGCAAAGUUAGUAUGUAUUUUCAUUUCAGAGUAGUAGAGUUGAAUGGUGCCAAUUUGCUCCUAAGAGUCACAAAAAUGUUCUUGGGGUGCAGUAGGAAAAAAAGACAAAGUAAAUAUAAAAUGUAUGUUGAAAAUAAAAACUCUUGCCUUUUUCAUAGUAUUAGAAAAGAAUUUCUAAUUUACCUAUAGCAACAUUACAAAUGUAUUUAAAUACAUAUAAUUUUACAAAAGGAAAUAUAUAUAUAUAAAGAAGAUCCUAUUUUGUAAAGUAUAGAUUUUUAUUUUAUAUGGGUUAUAAAAACUUCUGGGGCAGAAAUGAAAAACUAAAUAGAUUUUUUUUCUUCCAAUGGAGGCACAUGAGAUACUUAGUAAUGCUUAUUUUGAAACAUAGACCCACAAAUUCUUAAAAUGUGGAACAACUUAUUUCUACAUGUCUCACAGCUUGUCGCAUCUCUAAGAUUUAGUAUUUCAAAACCUCCCAAGAGCAUUGGAGCUCUUAAGAAAAGCUAGAUCAUAUCAAUUACAGGACAACAAUAGGGUACUCUUCCUAAUUAAGUUUUCCACUGGUCUUCCCUCAGCUGACCCACUUAGUACACAGUAUUCACCAACCCUUAGUCUAAGAUUCUGUUAGGGUGAUUUUCUUUCUUCUGCCUUCCAGUGCUUUUCUCCCCUCUGAACAGUUGAUGCUCAUUCUCAAAGCAUCUUCCCAAACAACAUUGAAUAAUUAGGUCAUUCAGAUUAGGGAAAUGGAAAACAAAAUCUAAUAGGAACUGAGCAGAAGUGAUUGAAGCAUGCUCCUAGGAUGUGAUAAGCCAAAAAAAUUAAACUCCCACUUGGCAACAAAAUAGAUCUAUGUUAAAAAACCAACUAAAAGAUCUUUUGAAAUGUUAUAUUACCUCCAUUAGGUGAUUAUCCCCACUUAUCUUUAAUGAUAAGUUCACUAGUAUCUGGCAAGAGCAAUUGAAAUAACAUGGAUGAUUCUUUUCCUCCCAUACAAGCUCAAACUUUCUUAAAUUCCCAUAGGGAGACAUCAUCUUGAGCAGAUCUUUGAUGCAUUUACUGUCUCCCCAAGAAUACAGAACAAUGACCAAAGUACUUGGAGUAGCAGGUCCCUCAAGUUAGAAUAGAAUUGACUCUUCUAGGUCUCUCCCAGCAGCCUCUUGUACUGGGGGUAUUAAAGUAAGUGGACAUACUUACUUGUCCUUGUGAAACAACAAGUGAGCACAGAGAUAGUUUCCUGAGUUCAUUUUGAAGACCCUGGUUACUUAUUUAUAAGCCAUCCACUAGGCUCUCCUUCCCUCCAACCAUAUUUAGAAAUUAUUGAGGGUCAUAGAAUCUCUAUGAACAGUAAAACUAUAGGUGUGGAAAGGAAGGAAGAAUAUUCAUGAAUACAUACCCUAAUACAACUUUUGAUCAAAAUAAAUCAGAAAAAGGAGAUCCUCUGCCUGACAAUAGCAGCUAUAUACCUGCCUAUUUGGGUGAAAUAGCAAACUCUUGCAUCCUUUCUUCUAUGUUUCAUGCAAAAAUUUGCUUUAAUUAUGUAUUUUUAAAAUGUACGCUUAGGCAUACAUGGCUUUUGGAUCCAGCUCUCCUUUUCCCCAUCAAUGUAUUCACUGGAGACAUUAGAAGAUAACUUUAUAUAUGCCUUUGUUUUUAUUCUCCAAAGGAACAAGGAUGUCACUCGGGUAUUUGUUCUGCAGCCAGGCUUCCUGCUCCUUUCUAUGAAUUGACCUUCAAGAUUCAGCAUGUGGUUAUGUGUUAUGAGCUUUUGUGAAGUGGACCAGCAAUUAACUCUGAUUUUAUUAGACCAUAGCUCUAACAAGCCUGUCCUUAUUGGAGACAGUGAAGUUCAACAUCCUGAUCUCUUCCCUUUGUAGCCUGGGAUGCCCAUCCCUUCCGGUGCCACCUAUUAACUCAAAGAGGAUACCACUUUCUGUGCCAAUAAGCUAAUGAUAUUCAAAAAUUCAAAUCCUUGUAUCCGAACAUGAAAUUAUAGCCUAGUUUUUAACCGAGAGGGUCCCUGCCCACCCAACCCCAAGGAGUUUUUCUACAUUUAAGAAUAUCUUCACUUAAAACUAUGCAGCUAAGUCCCCAUCUAUUUAUGACCUAAUGAAUAAGGGCAAGAUCAAAAACCCAAGUAGAUCCAGAGACUUUCAAUUAAAAUACUUUAAAGUUUAUCUACAUUCCCCUGGUAAAGGGAAAACAAGAGUCUCUGAGAGUUAGCCCAGGUUCCCUUGGAAAGUUUUGGUUUUAGCUUUAACUAGAAUCAACAUGGCCAUUUUUGUUUCUGAAGCAAUAUUGUGUUUCUUUCUUUCUUUAAAAAUACUUGAAAAAAAGUGCGGUGCGUUUUUAUUUUAUCUGAAAUGUAGAAACGGUACUGACUUUGUGUAGUGUCACAAGGAUGUGAAGAAAGCAAGAAAAAGAAACAAAUUGUGUCUGUAAUUGUGUUGCCUUUUAUUCUAUUGAUAGUCCUGUCUUGUCACCUCAGAUUGAGGAUGUGCACUUUAGAUUUAAACUGUACAGUGUUGCAAAUCAACAUGUGUUGCUGUAUAAGCUUGUAUAAUAUAUUAUGGAUAUGUCACUUUCUGUGUGGUAGCUGUAUUGAAUCUUGAUAUUGUAAGAACUACAUCCACAUUUGUCCCUGUAUUAUCUCUUUGCUCAGUUGUCUGCCCUUCAUAUCAGCUCUAAUGCAGAAUAUGCCCUUGCUGCUAACCCCCUUCCUGGGAGAUCCACUAUGACAAGAGUGGGGUGUUUUAAUGAAAAUCAAGGUAAGAGUCCCACUUUGUCUAGGAGGAUAGGAAAAAACACCACUAGAGCAGUGAAUCAACCUGCUGAAGUCAUUGAUAUUCCAUCUAUGGGGCAAAUAGAAUACAUUCUAUUCCUUAGACUAAGAGCAAAGGGCAUGGGUGAAGACAUAGUACAUGGAGAAGGAAGAGGGGGAUAAAUAACUUGGUUUCAUCUUGCACGUGCACUUCUGUUUUUCAAUGCUACGUACAAACACUGUAUAUUUCUAAGUUAUGUGUGCCACAACACAGGACACAUCAGGUCUUUCAGGAGGUCAUGGGUAUUUUCCCUCACUAUUUCAUUUCCUGCAGCCAGAAAAAGACUUAUAUGUCAACCUGUUCUUCUGACCAAAUAGAAACUUGUGUUCGAUCAAAGUAUUUUAUCUGUGUUGUCUCUUGAAACCCAAAUAAAAGCAGAAAACGUGGUUACACACCAACGGC